CAAAGGAUAUGCAGUUAAAGUUCCCCCCGAACAGCUUGUUCGCAAUGACAACAGAGUCUGGUACAUACCACACCACGGGGUGUACCACCCAAAGAAAAAGAAAAUAAGAGUGGUUUUUGAUUGUACUGCUUCGUUUCAAGGCAUGUCCUUGAACAGCCAAUUGCUACAAGGUCCGAACCUCACAAACACACUCAUUGGUGUCCUUACCAGAUUUAGGGAAGAACCAAUAGCCAUGAUGGCAGAUGUGGAGUCGAUGUUCUAUCAGGUGAGGGUUCCUGAGGAGGAUGCAGAUCUGCUUCGUUUUCUUUGGUGGCCAGAGGGCAAUUUGAAUGCACCUAUAGAAGAAUUUAGGAUGAUGGUGCACCUAUUCGGAGCCACUUCGUCACCUAGCUGCGCCUCUUAUGCACUGAAAAGGACUGCUGAGGACAGAAAAGAAGUAGCAUCUCCGAAGGCUGUUGAAACAGUUAUACACAAUUUUUAUGUUGAUGACUGCCUGAAAUCUGUGUCCACAGAACAAGAAGCUAUUGACUUAGCAAGUGAUGUUCGGAAGUUGUGCGCUGAAGGAGGUUUCUGCCUAACCAAGUGGGUAAGCAAUAGUAGAAAAGUACUAUUGUCUAUUCCAGAAGAUCAAAGGGCCAGUGGAAUAAAGGACCUUGACUUAGAUCAGGAUUUUCUGCCUAUUGAGAGAGCACUUGGCAUCCAGUGGUGUACAGAAAAUGACGCUUUCACAUAUAAGAUCAAGGUACAAGAGAAGCCAUUCAGUAGGAGAGGUAUUCUCUCGGUUGUUAACUCAAUUUAUGACCCCCUUGGGUUUCUGGUGCCACUCAUCUUACCAGUCAAGCUUCUUCUGAGGGAUAUGUGCAAACAAGGAUAUGGAUGGGACGAAGAGAUUGACGGUAAACGAGCUGAUCAAUGGGUCAAAUGGCUUGAAGAUUUAAAUCACCUCUCAGACUUUCGGAUCAAAAGGUGUGUAAAACCAGAAAAGUUUGGUAACACAACAGAAGCGCAACUGCAUCAUUUCUCUGAUGCAAGUGAGAGUGCGUAUGGCACAGCCACUUAUCUUGUACUUACAAAUGAACAAAAUCAGAAACAUUGUUCAUUGUUGAUGGGAAAGUCGAGAGUUAGCCCUCUCAAACAAAUCACAAUCCCUAGACUUGAGCUGACAGCAGCAACUAUAGCCGUCAAAGUAGACAAAAUACUUAGACAAGAGCUUCAAAUUCCACUACAGCAGUCGGUUUUCUGGACGGAUAGCACUACAGUGCUCAGCUACAUUGGCAAUGAUAGUGCACGCUUCAAAACAUUUGUAGCAAACAGGAUCUCACUUAUACGGGAUGCUACUACUUCAUUACAAUGGAGGUUUGUCAAGUCAGCAGAAAAUCCUGCAGAUCAAGCUACUAGAGGUCUUAAAGCAAAGGACUUUGUGCAAGAAGAAAGAUGGUUUAAAGGGCCCAACUUUUUGUGGAAACCAGAAGAAGAAUGGCCACAAAGCCGAGAUCAAAUUAAUCAAGGAGCACAACAAGACCCUGAAAUCAAAGGUGAAAUCAAAGUCAAUGUUCUUAACAUUAAAGAAGGCAAGGACAUUGUAAGCAAGCUAAUUGAUUUCUACUCAAGCUGGUUUCGUCUGAAAAAGGCAGUGGCAUGGAUGAUAAGACUAAAAGAAACACUUGUACAGUUAUGUAAAGUAAGGAGACAAUUCCAAGAGUCCAUUGCUCAAUUAGAGAAAGACCCAGAAAAACAAGCAUCUCUUCUACAGGAGCAAAUGCAAAAAUACAGAUCAACAAUGGAGAAAAGGUCAUUGAGCCUGGAAAACCUGAACCAAGCAGAAAUUCAGCUCAUUCAAUUCAGUCAAAAACAACAGUUUCAGGAUGAAAUUGAGGCUCUGAGAAAGAAUAUUCCUGUUAAGAAACGAAGUAAGUUGUUCAAGCUUGACCCUGUACUUCAGGAUGGGAUACUAAGAGUGGGAGGUAGGCUCAACAGAGCAGCCAUGCCAGAGGAAUCCAGACAUCCCGCAAUCCUCUCAAAAUGCUCCAAGAUUUCAACUCUCAUUUUAAAUGAUAUUCAUCAAAGAUGUGGACACUGUGGUCGAAACUACAUGUUAUCUAUUCUCAGACAAAAAUUCUGGAUCCCCCAAGCCAAUUCAGCAAUUCGAAAACUUAUCCAUAAAUGUGCAGUUUGUCGCAGACUCAAUGGAAGAGUUGGUGAGCAAAAAAUGGCAAGCUUGCCAGAAGACCGCUUGCUACCUAAUAAACCCCCUUUCACGAACGUGGGCGUAGAUUACUUUGGACCCUUCGACAUAAAACGGGGUCGGAGUACUGUAAAAAGGUAUGGAGUGUUGUUCACUUGCCUAACAAUCAGAGCAGUACACAUUGAGAUAGCAGAUAGUUUGAACACUGAUUCUUGCAUAAACGCUUUGAGACGUUUUAUAAGUAGAAGAGGACAGGUGUCAGUCAUGCGCUCAGACAAUGGAACAAAUUUUGUCGGCGCAGAAAGAGAAUUGCGAGAAGCACUGAGGAACCUGGACCAUAACAAAAUUGGAAACACCAUGCUACAGAGAGGUAUUAAAUGGAUCUUCAACAGUCCAGCUGCUUCUCAUCAAGGUGGGGUUUGGGAGCGUCAAAUCCGUACUGUAAGAAAGAUACUCAACGCUCUCUUAAAGGAACAGACUAUUAAUGAUGACAGUCUUCAUACCAUCAUGUGCGAGGUGGAAAGCAUUGUCAACAACAGACCAAUAACUAGUACCUCAGAAGAUCCAAAUGACCUUGAGCCUCUGACACCUAACCACUUAUUGUUGUUGAAAACUCAACCCAGCUUACCACCAGGUGUCUUUAAUAAGGAGGACCAAUAUGCGAGAAAACGUUGGAGGCAAAUCCAAUACCUUGCUGAUUUGUUCUGGAGCAGAUGGACUCAUGAGUACCUGCCCAUUCUACAAGAACGCAGUAAAUGGUCAAAAUUAAAAAGGAACUUUGAAACUGGCGAUGUGGUUCUAGUUGUGGACAGUUCUUCCCCUCGCAAUUCAUGGAUAAUGGGAAGAGUAAUUCAAACCAUACCAGACUCCAGUGGAACUGUACGCCGUGUAAAGUUAAAGACCAAAACAAAUGUACUGGAGAGACCUGUAAAUAAAUUGUGCUUAAUUCAGGAAGCAAUUUAAGCAUGAGGAAUAACAAGGAACUAUCAAGAGUAAAGAUAAUUAAAGAAACAUGUGGAAGAACUAAGUAGCUAUUUCUUAUGCAUAAAUGUCCAAGUUUAAGGGCUCUUAGUAUUAAUGUCUAUAAUAAUUGUUUGGUCUCCUGCCCAACCAAUUAGGGGCCGGAUGUGUAAGAGCCAUAUGUUAUUCAUUUUAUUUGUUUUUUAUAUAGAUGUGGAAUAAAUAAAUAAUUGUGUGUUAAGAAUUGUAAAUAAUUCUAGAAGUAAAUAAUUGAAUAUGUGCAUUAUAUUUCAUAUUGACAAUGAUGUCAUUUCCGGCCAGAGCCGUUAGUUUUUUUUUGUGAUGCAAUAUUGAAGCGAAACAGUUUUUUGACCGUGUAACAUUUUUCCAGUUAAUUUUGUUAUUAAACUUUACCUAAAGAAA